ACAGGAACGGCAGGAUCGGAAGCAGCGACCGCUUCCAAGGAGGACGUGGACGCGAACGAGGAGGCGGAGGAGGAGCUGGAGGAGGAGGAGGAAGUGGCGGUGGAAGAGGAACAGGUGCGAGUGCGAGUACGAGUGCAAGCGCGGGUGCGGGUGUGGGUGCGAGUUCGGGAUCGGGACCGGGAUCGAGAUCAGGAUCGAGAACGGAAGCAGGAGCCGAGGAGAGAAAGGAAUCGACCUCGUUGCGAGACCGAUCGAGAGUGCGUUCUUGUGUGUUGUCGCACGGGAGGAGGGGAGAGAGACUCGAAAGGGAGGAAAGGCGACGACAUCGGCGACGAGGAGGAAGAAGGAGAGGAAGAGAGGUGCUGGAGGAAGACGAGGAAGAAGAAAAGGAAGGUAGUGGUUGGUUUCGCUUGUCUCGUCGUCGAGAUCCACGGAGUUUAGAGCUUAGGAGAGAGGAAGAGGCACAUCCCCCCUUCUCUUCUCUCUCUCCCUCUCUCCAGUUUCUCUGAGUCUCUGCGAGCGAUCGUAUUUGCGCGAACGAGCGGUCAACAGGAAGAAGAAACGAUCGGAACGACGCGCGUACGUCGACGGUUCGACCACCGACCAUACGAAGAAACGAAGAAACGGAGAAACGAAAAAGGAUAUCGAAGAGAAAAAGUGACGAAACCUUUCGUCGAGUGUAGUGUGGUUUCUUAAAGUGGUGCCUCAGCACGAAGAGGGAAUCGCCAGCAGGGCAGAGGCUCGAACGCAUGUAGGAACAUGGCCGCAACCAGCCCCUGCCUCCCUCUAGAGGUUGGCAGCGCAAGAGGCGGCACAAAGGGACCCUGGAUACGCGAGUCAGUACAGGAGAAGGCCGAGGUUGGCCGGACUGAGUGGUCUCGGUGACUGGACUAGCUUUGGAGGGGAGGUACCUGGUCUGGUGGACAUGGCGCCAGGCCGGGAUCAGGGCGGAGGGGCGGGUGGCGGUGGGGCAGGUGGCAAGGGCACUACGUCGUUGUUCAUCCUGUCGGAGGAUAACUGCAUCAGGAAGCAUACUCGCUUCAUAAUCGAAUGGCCGCCCUUCGAGUACGCCGUCCUGCUCACCAUCAUCGCCAAUUGCGUAGUCCUCGCCCUCGAGGAGCACCUGCCGAAGCAGGACAAAACCAUACUCGCGCAGAAGCUCGAGGCCACGGAAAUCUACUUCCUCGGGAUCUUCUGCGUCGAGGCGAGCCUCAAGAUCCUCGCCCUUGGCUUCGUCCUCCACCGUGGCUCCUAUCUGCGCAACAUCUGGAACAUCAUGGAUUUCUUCGUUGUGGUGACCGGGUUCAUCACGGCGUUCUCGCAAGGCAUAGAACUGGAUAUGGAUCUGCGCACGUUGCGUGCGAUACGCGUGUUGCGACCGCUCAAACUUGUCUCCGGCAUACCGAGUCUCCAGGUGGUGCUCAAGUCUAUUAUCAAGGCAAUGGCGCCGCUUCUGCAGAUCGGUCUGCUGGUGCUCUUCGCCAUCGUGAUAUUCGCCAUCAUCGGGCUCGAAUUCUAUUCGGGAACCCUGCAUAAAACGUGUUACAGCAUCAGGGAUAUCAAUGUAAUCGUGAAGGAGGGCGAACAGGCGAGCCCGUGUAACACGGACAACAAAUCCGAGGCGCCAUUCGGGGCCCACGUGUGCGACGCGAACAUCUCGACGUGCAUGGAUCACUGGGAGGGACCAAACUUCGGCAUCACCAGCUUCGACAACAUCGGAUUCGCCAUGCUCACUGUCUUCCAGUGCAUCACUAUGGAGGGCUGGACUGCCAUAUUGUACUGGACAAACGACGCUCUUGGCAGCACGUACAACUGGAUUUACUUUAUACCAUUGAUCGUCCUUGGCUCAUUCUUCAUGCUGAACUUAGUUCUCGGUGUCCUGAGCGGAGAGUUUGCGAAGGAGAGGGAAAAGGUGGAGAACAGGCAGUCCUUCCUGAAAUUGCGAAGACAGCAGCAGCUCGAGCAUGAACUGUACUGUUACCUGAAUUGGAUCUGCAAAGCAGAGGAGGUAAUACUCGCGGAAGAAAGGACCACGGAAGAGGAGAAGAAGCACAUAUUAGAAGGAAGAAAAAGAGCCGAGGCGAAGAAGAAGAAGCUUGGCAAGAGCAAAAGCACGGACACGGAGGAAGAGGAAGGUGACGACGACCAGGACGACGGGUUUUCGAGGGCUUCCUCGACGAAAGAAAAGGGACCUUGCAAGCAGUUUUGGCUGGCCGAGAGAAGAUUCAGGUACUGGAUACGAAAGUCUGUAAAAUCGCAAAAGUUCUACUGGUUCGUCAUCGUUCUUGUGUUCUUCAACACCGUCUGCGUAGCCGUGGAGCAUUACGGCCAGCCGCAAUGGCUGACCGAUUUCCUCUACUUCGCAGAGUUCGUGUUCCUGGCUCUGUUCAUGUUGGAGAUGUUCAUAAAGGUGUACGCGCUCGGUCCUCGCACAUACUUCGACUCGAGCUUCAAUCGUUUCGACUGCGUGGUCAUCUCAGGAUCGAUCUUCGAAGUGAUCUGGUCCGAGGUGAAGUCCGGCUCUUUCGGCCUCUCCGUCCUACGUGCCCUUAGACUCCUGCGAAUUUUUAAGGUCACCAAAUACUGGAAGAGCCUGAGAAACCUCGUAAUAUCGCUGCUCAGCUCGAUGCGUAGCAUCAUUUCCCUGCUCUUCCUGCUCUUCCUCUUCAUUCUCAUAUUCGCGCUGCUCGGUAUGCAGCUGUUUGGCGGCCAGUUCAACUUCGAUUACGGCACGCCGCCCACCAACUUCAACACCUUUCCCAUCGCGCUGCUCACUGUCUUCCAAAUCCUGACCGGAGAAGAUUGGAACGAAGUGAUGUACCAGGGUAUAGAGUCGCAAGGCGGUCACAAGAGGGGCAUGAUCUACUCGUUGUACUUCAUCGUGUUGGUGCUGUUCGGCAACUACACUCUGCUGAACGUAUUCUUGGCUAUCGCCGUCGACAAUCUGGCAAACGCACAGGAGCUGAGCGCCGCCGAGGACGAGGAGGAAGUAGAGGAUAAACAGAAGCAGGCGCAGGAACUCGAGAAAGAGAUCCAAUCUCUGCAGAAUCCGAAAGACGGUGGCGCGCCCAAGGUAGAAAUCUGCCCUCCGAGCCCCAACCAGAAUUUCAAAGACGGAAAAGGUGGUAAACAGUCGUCCGAAGAAGAGAAAAAGCAGGAUGAAGACGAUGACACGGGACCAAAACCAAUGCUGCCAUACUCCUCCAUGUUUAUACUGUCCCCUACGAAUCCCGUAAGAAGAGCCGCCCAUUGGGUCGUCAACCUGAGGUACUUCGACUUCUUCAUAAUGGUGGUGAUAUCUCUGUCGAGUAUCGCGUUGGCCGCCGAAGAUCCCGUAAAGGAGAACUCGCCGAGGAACGAAAUCCUGAAUUACUUCGAUUACGCGUUCACCGGUGUCUUCACCGUCGAGAUGAUACUGAAGAUCAUCGAUCUAGGGAUUAUCCUUCACCCGGGCUCGUAUCUGCGCGAGUUCUGGAACAUUAUGGACGCAGUGGUUGUGAUAUGCGCCGCGGUUUCGUUCGCCUUUGACAUGACCGGUAGUUCGGCUGGACAAAAUCUCUCGACGAUCAAGUCGUUGAGAGUGCUCCGAGUACUUAGACCGUUAAAGACGAUCAAGAGAGUGCCGAAGCUGAAGGCGGUGUUCGACUGCGUGGUGAACAGUCUUAAAAAUGUCAUCAACAUUCUCAUAGUGUAUAUAUUGUUCCAAUUCAUAUUCGCUGUGAUCGCGGUGCAGCUGUUCAACGGCAAGUUCUUCUACUGCAACGACGAGAGCAAAUACACGGAACAGGAUUGCCAGGGUCAAUAUUUCGUUUUCGAAGAGGGCGCCCUAUUGCCCGAGCCAAGGAAACGAGAGUGGCAGUCGCAGUUUUUUCACUACGACAACGUGAUGGCCGCGAUGCUGACGUUGUUCGCGGUGCAAACUGGCGAGGGUUGGCCACAAAUCCUGCAGAAUUCGAUGGCGGCCACGUACGAGGACAAAGGCCCCAUUCAAAAUUUUCGUAUAGAGAUGUCCAUUUUCUACAUCGUCUACUUCAUCGUAUUUCCAUUCUUCUUCGUCAACAUCUUCGUGGCCUUGAUUAUCAUCACUUUCCAGGAGCAGGGAGAGGCCGAAUUGCAAGACGGCGAAAUCGACAAAAAUCAGAAAUCUUGCAUAGACUUCACGAUACAAGCUCGCCCGUUGGAGAGGUACAUGCCGAAAGAACGGAACAGCGUAAAGUACAAAAUCUGGAGAAUAGUGGUUUCGACGCCGUUCGAAUAUUUUAUCAUGGGUCUCAUCGUAUUAAACACAGUACUGCUCAUGAUGAAGUAUCACGAGGCGCCGCCAAAACUUGUGGAUGCCUUGACCAUCGUGAACUUCGCCGUCACAUUCCUUUUCCUCAUUGAGUGCAUCCUCAAACUCGUCGCCUUCGGAUACAAGAAUUUCUUCAAGGAUGCCUGGAACAUGUUCGACUUCGUCACAGUGAUCGGCAGCAUCGUGGACGCCCUCGUGAUCGAGUUCGGGGAGAACUUUAUCAACGUCGGCUUCCUGAGACUGUUUCGCGCCGCCAGGCUGAUCAAACUACUGAGGCAGGGCUACACGAUACGAAUUUUACUCUGGACCUUUGUACAAUCCUUCAAAGCUCUGCCUUACGUUUGUCUUCUCAUAGCGAUGUUGUUCUUCAUCUACGCGAUCAUCGGUAUGCAGGUAUUCGGUAACAUCGCGCUGGAUGCUGAUAGUUCUAUUACCAAGCACAACAAUUUCCAAAGCUUCAUUCAAGGUCUGAUGUUGCUUUUUCGGUGUGCGACCGGCGAGGCGUGGCCAAAUAUCAUGCUGUCCUGCGUGAAAGGUCGUCCGUGCGAUGUGAAAGCCGGAAAGCAAGAACCCGGUGGCUGUGGCUCGAACAUCGCGUACGCCUACUUCGUCUCGUUCAUCUUCUUCUGUUCGUUCCUAAUGCUGAAUCUCUUCGUUGCCGUCAUUAUGGACAAUUUCGAUUAUUUAACGAGAGAUUCGUCGAUCCUGGGCGCUCAUCACUUGGACGAGUUCGUUCGGAUCUGGGCCGAAUACGAUCCAAACGCAACGGGCAAGAUCCAUUACACCGAGAUGUACGACAUGCUCAAGAACAUGGAUCCACCGUUGGGGUUUGGUAACAAAUGUCCAAACAGGCUUGCCUAUAAGAAGCUCAUCAGGAUGAACAUGCCGGUGGACGUCGACUUGAAGGUGAACUUCACUACCACUCUGUUCGCCUUGAUUCGCGAGAAUCUCAAUAUCAAAGUGAGAAGGGCUUCCGAAAGGAACCAAGCGAACGAAGAACUGAGAGACACGAUCAGAAGUAUUUGGCCUCUGCAGGCGAAAAAGAUGUUGGACCUUUUGAUACCUAGGAACGAAGAAUUAGGCAAAGAUAAGAUGACCGUUGGUAAGAUAUACGUCUGCCUUCUGAUACUCGAAAGUUGGAGGACGACCAGGUUUGGUCAGAUAGAAUCAACCGGACAGAACGAUAACGAUCUUAUCGAUAACGAUAAUGCCGGGCAAAGUCCUGCAGCCCAGGCGCAAUCGGCCUUAUUCAACUGCAUACUGGACGUGACGGCGGUAAAUCAUACCGGAAAUAAUCACGCAGCCGGAAGUAGGGCGAACAGCCUCGAACACGUGGUACGGCCGACGCCGGAAACGAAGCUCGAUCAACGCAAGGAGCACAUGGAGGAAGACGACGAGCACAGUAGACGUCAACGUAGCAUCAGAAAUAAAAAGGUGAACUGGAAGAUGUCCCACCAGUACGAUAUACUAGGCAGCAGCGGAGAGAGUAGCCAGGGAGGGGGUGGGUCUGGGGUUGUACCCGUAGUUAUUGACGAGGAUCGCGCCCCCGAGCUAGAGCCAUUGCUGGCUGAGGUGCCCUCCCAGCAGGAUCAAAACUACUACUACCACCAUCACCAUCACGACCAAUACUACGAUACCGACAAUGAUCUAUACUAUGACCAUCACCACCACCACCACCACCAUCACCAUCACCAUCAUCAUCAUGCUCACCGACCACCCUCGUACUAUCAACACCAGAAUACCUACGCACCUCGCUCCUCGAUCCGUUAUCACAAGAUGGAGCUUCAGGACGUUGUAGUUAGCGACUCGCGUGCCGGUAGUCUCGAGAGUCUUACCCACGCCGGCAAAAGACUUCAUCCACCCGUGCAACCGGUUAGACAUCCAUCGCGUUCACCGAGUCUAAGGAGACACUCGCCAGGGCGACCUGGAUACGAUCAUCAUGGUCAUUAUUACCACGAAGGACCAGGGUUUAGCGACACGGUUAGCAACGUCGUCGAGAUUCAGAGACACACGCAUCAUCCCCAUCCGACACAGUACAAUCAUCGGCACAGGAUCCGAGACUAUUACGACCACUGCGACUAUUACGACGAUGGUCCGUGGAGCGCUUCGACCAGUCCAGCGAGGACACCGAGUCCCAUUCACCACAUCGAUCGAGGCCGGCAUUACGGGACGACAAGCUUGGAACAACGAUCGAGAAGUCCGAGUCCGAUCGGUGGUCGCCAGCCUGCCCAUUCCCACCAGCACUAUCAUCGGCAUCAUCCCCAUCAGCACAGUUAUCCGGUGUUAGUAACCAGACGGGGACAGGGUCGUCUACUGCCUCCAACGCCCAACAAACCUUCGACUCUGCAAUUGAAACCGGCGAACAUCAAUUUCCCCAAGUUGAACGCUUCGCCGACUCACGGCUCGCACAUGCACGCGACGCUGCCAGCUGGCAUACAGCAUCCGCCGCCAGGACAGCAUUUGCCACCGAUGCAACCAAGCCACUGUCCGUUGAGCUUCGAGCAGGCGGUGGCAAUGGGCCGCGGCGGCCGUCUCUUGCCCAGUCCCGUGCCAAACGGGUACAAACCUCAGCCACAGGCUAAGCAAAGAACACCCAGAUCGAGACACUCUGACAGCGACGAAGACGACUGGUGCUAGCCAAAGUGGGACCCUGGACGGUGGUCCGGUGACGUGGACGCCCCCAGGCGUCUUAGGGUUUGCGCGUGAAUCUUCCACGUCGGGAGGCGCAUCGAUCUAACCGCGAACGCGGAAGCGAUGAAAAUCGAUCGAUUAGCUUCGAGCUUGGCAACUACGUCAGAGUUAAUGUCCGUUCGUCGAGUCGGACGGGACAGGUGUACGCGAUCAGGGACAAGGAAACGAAGCUACGUGUUACAGCGACGUCGCUACUGGUACGACCGAGUAGAAGAGAAGGUACACCUUGAAAUGCAAUGACCAGCUGGUUCGAAGGAGGACUCGACCGAACGGAUCGAAUCGUGUUUCACGAACGGUGCAGAAACAGGACAGGCGAAGUAUUUCAAAGGAAAUGACGCGACCGAAACGAAAGCAACAUCGGAUGAUCGUUACAGGGACAACAAAGCAACGUGUACGUAUAAUACUAAAACGAGCAGUCGUCACGGUGGCCACCAUCGAACAGACUAUGUGCCACGAAUACGAUGAUCGUCGGUUUAACGCGCAAAACGAUCAAAACUAAACGAGAAAUACAGAGAGAGAGAGAAAAAGGGAAAGAAUAUUCGCAAUCACCGCCUGUCGUGCGGUAUUCUUACGAAGAAGUUGAAGCGUCGUCGGAGUUACAUUCGUGGGAACUUUCUGAAAUUUUCUUUCGUCUCCAACUUCGAAGCUUCCUUCGCUGUGCUUUUUAAUCGACGGACCGAGCCGAGGAGGAUCCACUUUUUAUACGAUGAAUUAUACGACGAGGGAAGCGCUCUUUUACGGUUGAGCGCGUUCGCUUCGGAUCCCUCUCCGCGCGAAUCUACCAAGUUCUUCAAAUACGGCUGUAUCGAACAGUUGCGCCCUACGCGACGCCCUCUCACCGACUUGGAUACAGCGAGUUUCCCCACCUGUCUCCCCACAUGUUUGGAGGAACUGGUCGGCGAUGCGAAGGCGCCUUUGCCAACGAAACGUCUCAUCUUCUUGAUUUUUCUAUAAGUUGCGCCCAACUCGAGCGACUUGUCAGGAAGGUUCUCGAUGCGAACCAACAGGCGGAAUCGAUCAACGGGAACGAAUUUCGUCCGACGAGUAAAGCGUUUUCGUACGAAUUCGAAAAAAUUAAACGAGAUACAAUCGUAUAAGCGUAGGAAAAAGGCACCGUUCGAUACGUUCGAUGCGAUAUAGACCACGAGGCACAAGUUCUUCUUCUUCACGAGUCACUGUUUGCGCGCAGUUGGUUCCAUUUCGCUCAGAAUAUCUCUCGUCGCAGUAGCGUUCGAUUUACCGAACGAGUAGGCAAACAUCGAACCUAUCGAAAUUUCUUACGGGUCCGUUCUAUCGUUGAUCAAGCCGUGCAAAAGUAAGAAAGAAA